CUGAUUUAUGUGAUUUUUAUUAUAUUUGUUCUUAUGGUGGAAACUCUUUCCUACAAUCCAUAUGACAACAUGAUAUGUCUGGACUGCGGUGACCAAUGUGCGGUGCAGAAACGCGGCACCAGCUGCAAAAGUGCGCGAAAAAAUAUGGAAGCAUGGAAAAGUAGAAAGGGAGAAGUGGCCAUAAAUACAUCUCAUCUGAUGUGCGUCCCGAAUGAUCUACAGCUCGUGGAAGUGGAUCCCGCUUACUGUUGCAUUUGGGCUCCGGAAUUUGGCUGCCGUCUGGUGCGUUCCGUCCUGGACGAUCAUAUCCCCUGCAGAAGGUGCAUAAAUCCAAAGAGAAAACGACGCGGCUAUACGCUAUGUCCCUGCAGGGGAUACCAUGGCAAAGUGGCCAUUGGACUCGUGUUUAUUGUGGUGGGAGUGAAUAUCAUUCGACAGAUGAGCUGAAGAAAAUCUUUUCUCCUACUACUAACCCAUACAUAGGCCCCUGAGGGGUGUAUGGUUGUUCCAUUAUCGAUACGAAUCAACGACACUUGAGACAUAAUGAGACUUAUGGGGAAGCCACAACAACAGUCUCCUAAUGUCUCCUGGCUGAUGGAUUCUUUGGAAAAUAAAUUUCCAUAUCUCAAAU